CCCCUACCCCUAUAUAGAUAGACAAACACACUCCAACUAACUAAUUAAAAAUACUUCAAUGAUGUCCGAAGAGGAGAAGAGAGUAGAAGAAGAAAUGCAGGAAGCUCCAAUAUUUGGAGAUCUACUGGAUUCCAUUAUCUCGCACGUGCCUCUCAUCGAUCUUCUUCCCGCCUCUCAAGUGUCACACUCCUGGAAACGCGCCGUUUCCUUAUCUCUCCGCCGCCCCAAUAACAAACUCAAGCCGUGGCUCAUCCUCCACGCGCAGAGCACGAGGGAACCUCUCUCUGUAAAUUCUGCCUACGCUUAUGAUCCACGAUCUAAGUUGUGGGUCCACAUUGAACACCAGCCGUCGAUCAAAUCCAACUCCUUCUCAGCCCUCCGAUCCUCGCACUCCACUCUCCUCUACAUGCUCUCUCCCUCCAACUUCUCCUUCUCCCUAGACCCCCUCCACCUAUCCUGGCAUCAAGCGGACCCCCCAACUGUCUGGCGGGUCGACCCGAUCGUUGCCGUAGUAGGUUACUACGCCAUCGUCGCUGGCGGUGCGUACGAGUUCGAGGACGACCGGCUUGCGGUCGAAAUGUACGACACCAGGAGCCGCACGUGGGAGACAUGUGAGUCCAUGCCGGAGACAUUCAUGUACUCUGCUUCGUCGAUUUGGGUAUCUGUAGCGGUGGAUUCGUCGAGAAUGUAUGUGUUAGAGAAAAUUAAAGGCAUAAUGUACUGGUUCGAUCCUUGUACCAAGAUUUGGCACGGACCUUGCAAUCUACGACAGAAUGAUGGUGAGAGCGUGUACUGCUGUUGUAUUGGAUUCGCGAGUGGUCGAUUGAUCUUGGUGGGUAUUAUUGAAGAGGAAAAUGAGAAUUCCAAAAGAUUGAAAUUAUGGGAGGUGUACGGUGAUUCUUGGGAGAAACAGAGAGAAAUUACAGAGAUGCCAAAGGAGAUGGUUGAGAAGAUGAUUGCAGAUGACGAUUUCUCUUCUGCUUCGAAUUCAUCGGUGGGUGUAACGAUUAUGGGUGAUCUGGUGUUCGUUUAUAAUAAUUCGAAGCCUGAAGAGUUGUUCUUCUUCGAAAUUAAUGGCACCCCAGAUGCUGUGACUGUUAAUUGGGUGAGCGUAGAGAACGCGGCGGUGGAUAAAAUUGGAUUGAUAGAGAGAGUGGUGGUUAGUUGUUCCGAUGUGGGUAUCCCAGAUUUGCGAAGAGCAGCAUCCAUGUCUGUGAAAGUAGAUCGCCUGCAGUAGGUUUUUUUUAAUCAAUAACAACAUUGAUUCCUUUCCUGAUAUCUGGUUACUUGUUGCAUGUAUUAAUUUCACGUUAAAUAUCUUCUUCCUUCCCCUUUUCACGUUAAAUACACAUCAACGUUAGCUUCUGUGGCUCACAUGAACAGAUCGAUCUCACGACAUAAAGACGAAUCA